GUCGAAUUUUGUAUUCAGCGGUGUGAUUGUUCGAGUUGUUUCCCUGAUUUCUUUGUUUGCAAGGUUCCCGAAAGUGAAACUGCAGUAUCAAUUGGAAAGUGUCUUUAUUUUUCUUUAUAAUACAAAGUGCUUACUGGAUAAGUGGUAAUAUUGUUGGAAAUUUGAUUUUAUGAUAACUUUCACAAUGCCAAAGAAGAUUUACUAUUCGGAUAAGUAUUACGACGAGGAACACGAGUACAGGCAUGUGGUGUUACCAAAAGAAAUGGUGAAACUAGUUCCCAAGGAUCAAUUAAUGUCAGAACAAGAAUGGCGAGGCAUUGGAGUGCAGCAAAGUCAAGGAUGGGUUCACUAUAUGACACACCAACCCGAGCCUCAUAUUUUGCUGUUCCGCCGAAAAAAGACCACCCCUCCAGAGAAGAAGAGAGAGACUUUUUUUUAUUUUUUAUUUUAAAUUUAUUUAUCUCAAUGUACAUCACAACAAUUUUCUUAUAAUUAUAUUCCUCGCCAAACUGCGAUUGCAGUU